AUGGCUUCAUUGCAAAUUUAUUACUGUGACCGUGUGGUCAGCCGACUGAUGACCGCAGAGACUGCGUAUUCUAUCGCGUUGAGUCUCGUGAUAUCCAACAUUCUCUGCUGUGUGGAGAAGGUUUCCGGGCACGCCAGCAAGCUGAAAUCGCAUAUGACUCAAGAGUGCUGUCAUGUAGACGCCAAGCAGACGUUCCAUGGAUGUCAUGCACUGACCUUGAUUUUUACCGAAGCGCUAACGGCCAUCACUGAGAGCGCCGUAAUUUAG